AGGGCCGGGAUGCGCUUGGAGAUCUGAUCCCGCUCCCCUCCGACCAGGGCGAGGCUGGCACCGGAGGCCGGAGAGGGCAUCGCGCCUCCCGGGGCCCCAGUCAUGGUCAGAUCCGCCUCCGCCAGGGCCAAGCGACCCCGGGGCCGCAGGGCGAAGAAGAGCCAGUGCCCGCAGCUCCUCGCCCCCGUGGCCUCCCUGGGGACCACGUUUCAGCAGCAGCAGGGGCGAUGGCAGGAGACUGCUUCCACCAUGACCACCUCCGCCAGCUCUCACUUGAGCAAAAACAUCAAACAGAUGUACAUGGACCUGCCCCAGGGCGAAAAGGUCCAGGCCAUGUACAUCUGGAUCGAUGGCACCGGAGAGGGCCUGCGCUGCAAAACCCGAACCCUGGAUAGUGAACCCAAGAGCAUUGAAGAACUGCCAGAGUGGAACUUUGAUGGAUCCAGCACCUUUCAGUCAGAAGGCUCCAACAGUGACAUGUACCUCGUCCCAGCUGCCAUGUUCCGGGAUCCCUUCCGCAAGGACCCCAACAAGCUAAUUUUCUGCGAAGUUUUUAAAUAUAACCGCAAGCCUGCAGAGACCAACCUAAGGCACACCUGUAAAAGAAUUAUGGACAUGGUGUCGAACCAACACCCCUGGUUUGGAAUGGAGCAGGAAUAUACUCUCUUGGGGACAGAUGGACACCCUUUUGGCUGGCCCUCUAAUGGCUUCCCUGGGCCCCAGGGUCCGUAUUACUGUGGUGUGGGAGCAGACAAAGCCUAUGGCAGAGAUAUUGUGGAAGCUCACUAUCGUGCGUGCCUCUAUGCCGGUGUCAAAAUCGCAGGAACAAAUGCUGAAGUAAUGCCAGCCCAGUGGGAGUUCCAGAUAGGCCCCUGUGAGGGGAUUCAAAUGGGAGACCACCUCUGGAUUGCCCGCUUCAUCCUCCAUCGGGUGUGUGAAGACUUUGGGGUGAUCGUCACCUUUGAUCCCAAGCCCAUCCCUGGAAACUGGAAUGGAGCAGGCUGUCACACCAACUUCAGCACCAAGGCCAUGAGAGAAGAGAACGGUCUCAAGCACAUCGAGGAGGCCAUUGAGCGACUAAGCAAGAGGCAUCAGUACCACAUCCGGGCCUAUGACCCUAAAGGGGGGCUGGACAACGCCAGGCGACUGACCGGCUUCAAUGAAACCUCCAACAUCAACGAGUUCUCAGCUGGCGUGGCCAACCGAGGAGCCAGUAUCCGCAUUCCCAGGACCGUCGGCCAGGAGAAGAAGGGUUACUUCGAAGACCGCCGGCCCUCUGCUAACUGUGACCCUUUCGCCGUGACCGAGGCGCUCAUCCGUACGUGCCUGCUUAACGAGAGUGGCGUGGAGCCCUUCGAGUACAAAAACUAGAUGGACUGGGACUUUCACGACAGCCCCCCAACUCGACCCUAGCCCUGGCCUUGCUGCCCUCUCCCUCCCAGAUUCACCUACUAGAUGUAACUCUAAGGGCACAAGAUAUACCAUGAUUCUUGCGCUCAGGUGAUAACUUGUGCUUUUUGAGGUUUGGGGGUGGGGUGAGUGUUUUGCGGGGGCGGUGGGGGGAGGGAAAUCCGCCACCUCGCCUGCAUCAUUGAUGCUUUGGAAGACUGGGGGAGGGGACUGUAACCACUGCUUCCAUCUAAUCGAUUUUGUGCAUUCAACAGCCAUCAUUCAGUGGCUUCCAGAAACUAGCAGAAGCCUCGCUGAGGGGAGGUCUGGGGUGUGUAUUGUAUUGAGGCUAGAGUCCCCAGCCUCUUAGAGUGCCCAUUCCGGUGAAUCCGUAGCCAGCUUUCCCUAAAGGGUUCUGGGAAAGGGAGGCUAAAAAAAUGCCCUCUGUAUCUGUGUGCGUGUGUGUUCGUGUGUUCUCUUUUAGGGUCCCUUUGGUACACGGUUAAGCACCAUAGCCAGAAGACAAGGUGCACUGGGAAAGUGGGGGGGGGACGACACUGUGUACUGAUACAUUUCUCAGUUUUAGAAGAGGAAAAGUUAUUGCCACUUAAACUCUCCCACUCCACCACUCUCAUUUAUAACAAAAGCAGAGCAGUAUUUUUAUAUUUAAAUGUAAAGACAAAAAAUUGUGUGCGGGUCUGAAACCAAUUGGGUCUGGUCAUAUUGGGUAUCGCUCAAGGGGGUGAGGUCAGAAAGAUCACCGAGAACAGGGAUAGUAGGAAAGGUACAGGGAAGGGGAAGCUAAAGCAGCAGUCUUUAUCUUGUGGCUUUUCACACUUCUCAACCACCCACAAGGCUCAUGUACAGACUUGAAAGGCACAUUUUGUCACAGUUGGCAUGCCAGCAGAUGACAACACCAGGGAACACCAGUCCGUGGUGCCCAGGUGGUUUAAAAGUGCUUGCAGAGGGUGGGGGUGUGAGUGUGCACCACACACACACACACACACGCAUGCAUGUAUACAUACAGAGGUUUAAAUGAGUUGGCUGGUCAACUUAACCAUGUUACUGACAGUGGGGUGUGGGUGUCUUAUUUUCUGGUGGGAUUAGCAUGUCACUAAAUAAAGCAGGGCUUUUGAUAUAUAAUUUUUUUUUUUAAAGCAAAACAAAAACGGUUAGAUUUUAAUGUUUCUAGGGUUCCUAAGUUGUACAGUUUUCAGUUAUGUGUUCGAGGCUCCAUUGUUGAGCUGUCCCUUCCCAGCACACCCCUGGGCCCAUCAGGGUUAGGCAACCUGACACUAGGGGAUUCAAAUAGUUGUGACUUUGUGUAGUUUCUGGUUACUCUUCCUCAAUUGCCGGAUAUUCCUUUGCAUUUGUCAAACUUCUGAAUAGUUUUUCUUUUAUAAUAAAACCAACCACCUUAACCCUUA